AUGCCAUGUGAAACCAAAACUGGCUGGGAUUUUUUAACCAGCGAUUAUACCUCCUCAACUUGUGUGUUACCUUUGGCUUCUCCGAAAAUUGGUAUUUCUGAGGUUGAAAUUGUUGUUGAAAUAUAUUUAAUCUUAGAAAGAACUGCAAUAGGAGUGAUAAUAUGGGAGGAAAACGGCGUCGGUGAGGUUUUCAUUGGCGACAAUGCUGAGGUUUUAUAAACCGACUUUGAAAAUUGAUAAAAUAGUUCAGAAUCACCAAGUCCACUACGUUUUCGACCACACAACCGAUGUGGAGAGCACGACAAAGUUUGAAAUAAUGGUCGGAUUGGAGGUUUGAAGCUGAAAGUCGACUUUUAGAGUGUUAAUGCAAGUCUUUACUCAGGUAAAAGUUUACUACAGCGUUGAAACGGAAUCAAAAGAAAGCGAACACACGAUAAGUAUAUUGCCGAGAAUGGUUUUGAGAAAAUGUUAAUAUAAAAUCUGUAUUUAAAUACAAAAAAAUUGAUUUUUCAGAUGGUUUGAUUCAACAUCAAGAGCUUAUCAUUGUAGAUAGCCCAAUUGACCUUGAAGCCGUCUCAAUCGGAAGAAAUAAGGUUUUUAGUUGAUUUUUGUUGGCAGAGAAAGCGUUUUCUAUCGCAAAAUUCCAUUAGAACCGAUUUUGAUAAUUUUUUUUUUCCAGAACACCGAAAAAGUCCUUGUCCAUGCGUCUUGCAGUGGAAAUAUGAAAGCAGCGAUUGUCGACGCGAUUGUGUUUGGAAAUCGAAAAUUUGAGCCACCUGAAGAUUCCGUGAGUUUUUUCUGUAGUAAGAUUGAGUGGGAAUUUGGGAUUUUCUGGUUGAAAUAUUUUGAUAUCAAUCGAAUUUCAUUUUCUGAUCAGUUUUGCUUCCUAAUAAAAUUUUUCCUGUGUUUUUUUGAAAUUCCGCUUCUUCACAUCAUUUCGCAGCGAUUUAAAGGCUUAUGAAUCUGGGGGGGCAUUGAAAAAUUAUUUUUAAAUGAGUUCUUUUUUUCCUACUGAAAUUCUAUAUCAUUAAGUUUCAAAAAAACGUAAUGUUCCAAUUUUUAGUGUUUUUACUCUCUCAAAAAGCGUUUUUCUUAUUUUGCCGUGUUCAAAGUAAUCUCAGCGAUUUAUAAAUGAUGAUGUUUGUUUUAAAUUUCACGAAAGAAGGAGAUUUGGCACAAAAUUGGGGUCAUACAACACGGGAAAAGUCCAAAAGACCUCAAAAAGAAGGAUUUCGGACUUCUUUUUGAGUUUCUGAAAUGAUGUCAAAAGUUUCUCGGAAUCUCUUUUUUCCAUAUUUUUUUUUCUUUUUUAAAAGAUCCUUCUGGCUUUGCCGAUACAACGCGGAAGUGGAUUUUUAUUUCUUUGAACUAAAAUUUUGAAUUCGCCCUUGAAAGUCACAUGUGUCGGUGUUGGAUCCGAUUCUUCUAACGGCUUCUAAAAUUCCAAUUUUGCCCUUAUCAUUUUUUAACGAAUAUCGCAUCAGUUUGGAAAUCACCGAAAUUACUUUAAUGACGACAUGAUCAAGCUUUUUCGAAAAAUGGCAUCGCCCAAACGAAAAUUUUUGAAAUUUUUGGAAACCUGGCGAUUCCUUGGCUUAUUCAAACUUUUCCGAAAAAUGGCAACGCCUAACCAAAAAUUUUUCGUCAUUAAAAAAAAAAUUUGACAGCCCCAUGAGUAUUAACCAACUGAGCAAAGCCUUAUAAAAUAUGUGAAAAAAAUUAAAAAUAAUUUUAUUUCCGCCUAUUCCCGUCCACAUCAUAAAACUUGAACUUCUCCUAUUCAACAGCAAUUUUUGCAGUUUCCGCCUUGCUCAAAAGGCGAAUUGAUCGACUGUUGGGCGGUGGUUUCUCCAUUUUCACUUCACUGUUUCGAAGGCGUCAAUAAUUCGAUAAGAUAUCUCGCUUUCCAGUUUCAGACCGAUCCCAGGUUCUGUGAUGACGUCGCAAUCGUGACAAAGGUGAGAUUUUCUUUUGAGUUUAUUUUUGUAUGAUAACGACGCAUUUUUGAUGUUUUAAUGAAUUUUUUUUGAAUCGUUCUUGAUGUUCUAAUGAACCUUUUCUCGAACAAAAUAGUAAGAAAUUAUUUUGAGCUUCUAAAAAAGCUAUUUAAAGCAGCUUGAAACCUUUUUUAUAUCUUUCUUUUUCCAGUUAAUCGAAGAUUUAUGCUUUGAAGCUCGAUUUAUCCAUUCCGGCCAAGCUGUCUAUUGUCCCAUUGGAGCUUGUCAUUCGGAACUUGUGGUUAGUCCUUCUAUUGGUAUAGUACAUUCACUACUAGCUUAAAAAAAUAUGUGAAACUUUUUAUUUUUUUGAACGCCAUCUCGAUAAUCGUGUCGAGACCCUAAUUUUUUUCCAGUCAAUGUAGUUACUGAGAAGCUUGAAAACUAUUUUUAGAGCCGAAUUUUCAUCGGCGCCCUUGUGAAGGUCAAGGCGAACGGCGCUUUGUCGACUUCCAGUUAUUAUUGGCGCGGAUUCGAUGUUCGAACUUGUGACCCUCAAACGGUAAUUUUUAACCGAAGUAGUUGAGUUUACAGAUUUCAAAAAAGACAUUUUUUGUUUUCUCUAAUAGAUCUGUAGCUUAAAAUUUGCAAGUUUCGAAGGUUUUUUGUAACAAAAAGAAUAGAUUUUUCAAGCAUUUUUAGAAGUUUUUAUGUGAUAAAAAAAUGGAAAAAAAGUUUUUUUGAGCUUUAAGUUUAACGAAUCAGGAGCCAUUAGAGAAUCUUAACAAUAUAGAAAAAUUUUUUUCAGUAAACUCCUAACAAGGUAGGUCAUUUUACUUCGUAAUUAAAAGCUUCCUGAAAGUUGACCAGAACACUUUUUAAAGUAUUAGAAAAAGAUUCUGAAAGUCUCAACCGGCAAAACUUCCUGAUUCUCAAGAAAUAAGGGUCUAAAGCCCCAAAAUAGCUCAUUUUUAUGGAUUUCAAGCGUUUUCUUUGCACUUGCAGCGUCUUUUUUUACGAAAAGUAGAAGAUUUUGAAGGUUGAGGCUUUGAGAAGCUUCUUCUGGUACAUCAGGGAAUGUUCUAGCCAAUUUUUUUUUUAGGAAAAUACCAACUCUAAAGUAAAAUGUCCACCUUAUGGUCCUUCUGCAGUUCCGGUAUCAUUUUUAAUCCGGAAAUUAGAUUUUCUUUCAAAUUUGAGAGUUUAGAAAGCUAAUUAUUAACUGAAAGUGUUAUAAAAUAGCUCUUUUUUCAUAUUUUCCUGUUCUUUUUUUAAAAUUAAUAUGUUAUAUUUCUGUUUUUCCGAGUCAUCCGGUAUUUUUCUGAACUUUCUUAAAUUCUGGAAAGAUUUGAAUCAAUAUGGAUCACUAAAAAAAUAGUUUUUCUUGCAGAUUGCAGAGUUGCGACGGGAGGACUUGAAUUUAGGUAAUUUCAUUUUGAAUCGGGUCAAAAAUUUAUCAAAAAAUUGAUAGAUUGGCCGGAUAAUGGAACGAAACCGUUUCCAAUGAACCAUUCAAUGAUUACCACUCCGGAUCUCAUGGACCCUUCGAUUUCUUUGACCGAGUUUGUUUUGAUUUAAAAAUAGUCCGAUUUGAAGUGCUUAAUGGGGUUUUUAAAGGCGCAUUUUCUGAAAAAGUAUCUUUUUUUCAGAGAAAUCUGCGCCUUUAAACCUCUUACCAAGAGUUUUUGGCCAUAAAUCCGUUUUUAAAGUGUCCUUUUCAGUGUCCAAGUUGCUCCGAAACCCGUAAAAUCGUCAAAAUCAAGAAAACCUGCCCCAGAUGAAGUUUGGAAGAAGAAAUAUCGACAGCAGGGAUUGCAGUACAAAAAGAAUUUUGAGUGAGUUUGGACGGGAAAUAUUGGAAAAAAAGUACCUGUAUUCCUUACUUGGAACAUCAUUAGAAAAAUUGGAAAUUCAUUAUUUUGUUUUUAAAAAUUGAGCUUUUUGCCGCUUCUUUUUCAGCUCAUGUAUCAUAUAGAAAAAAAUUUUGAGUUGGAUCUAAUUUUUUUAAAAUUAGAAUAAAUAAAUGUCCCAGUUGAAAAUAGGUAACAAAAUACGGGUUUUUUAGGCCUAGAUAGGUUGAAAUUUUCGGUUUUUUUGAUCAUUUUUUUAAGAAAUAAAAACAGACUUUUUCAAUUUUUUUCAUUGAUUUUUUUAAGCCAUUGGAUAAAGAUAUUCUUCAUUUUUUUCCCUUAUUUAGAUGCGAACUUGACCAAGAAACCAAGAAUUUCGAGCGAAUCCUAACGGAGAGACGGCGAAGAAGGCGUCGGGGUCCUCUAGUCGAAGGUUUUCUGUUCAAAAAUCGAGAAAGUAUCAAAAAUUUGGUUCAGAACCAGUUGUUGAGACGAAUUUGGAGGGACUCUUACCUUGGCAAAUCGACGGGGAAGGGAAAACUGUUCAGGAAGAUGCUAGAAGUAGGUUUUUGUAUCGGUCAGCCUUUUUGAGAAUUCAAAUGCGCUCCAUCGAUAAAUCUCCCAUUUUAAAGCAAAAAUACGCUUUUUCCCACGUUUCCUUCCAUAUGUUUCAAUCUUAAAGCGAUAAAUAUUGAAAUUUCCCCUCUAGGGACCACUUUAUCUCCCCUAUAGGAGUCACUAACUUGAUUUUCUUCAAGGUAUUCCAUUCCCGAUCGACAAAUCAAAUAUCCCCCAGGAGCUUUUUGAGAGAACCAAGAAAGAAAAUCGGUAAUUUGAUUUUUGAAAAAAAUAGAAAAAAAUUUAUCUUUCCCAGAAACGAAGCCCGUUGAGGAAGUGAGAAAGGUGGAAAGAGCAGACUCUGAAACGAGCCAAAAGUCUCAAGCUCCCAGUGGAUUGCCUCCAGAAGUCAUUGCUCGAUUAUUGGCCCCGGAGGAUGGAAUUGCACGGAUUUGUGUUAGUUUUGGAUAUACCUGGAGAGCGGAUGAAGUGAAAAAGCUGAGGAAACAGUGUAAAACUAUUCUUGAGGGUGUUUUGAAGUUUUUCAACAUGAAAUAGGGUUUUCUUAAACACAAAUGACCUCGUAUAGUCCAUUUGAAUGACGAGGCGUCUUAACGCAAGGGCCUUCCGAAGAAAAAGUCACUACGCUCUUACUGUCGGAUUAAUAGAGGGCUUAUUAUAUUUUUUAGAAAGCCAAAGACUUUUUUACCGGAAAAAACAGUUACUGAUUGAAAAUCGACGUUUUUUUGAAAAUAUGAAUUUUCGAAUCUCAAGAAAAAAAAUUUCCAUUUUCCCGAUUUUCGGUUUUUUGCUCACAAAUCUGGUCUGACUUGAGCAAUUUGAUUCUAUUUCAGAAAUUAUGUUACUGCAUAGCUAUUUAAAGUCUAUGCGAAGUUUCAAGUCAUUUGAGCUUGUUCCAGACAAGUUAUGCUCGAAUAACCACUUUGAAAUACCUUUAUUGCCAGUACUGUAAAGGGGGCCUGAAAUUAGAAGAAAAAAGGAUGUUUUGAAGGAAUUUUCAGACUUUGAAUCAUAGAAGUUGGCACUAAAAACAUGAAUUUAUGGCUUUCCUGAAAAAAAAAGUGAUCGAAAUCCAUUUUCACGCGGGCUGUGUUCUCAAAAUGCAUGACAAAAAAUUCCAAAAGUCAUUUAUAAAUGAAUUUUUCAAAAUUCAGCCACCGGAAGCGCCGAAAAUGCCCCCAGAUAUGCAGUGGAGACGACAGGAGAUGAGAAUCUUUGGUAAGUUAUUUGAAGAAAGAAAUGGCCGCUUUGGAAUGGCUUGGUGCGGCUCUUUGCUCUCUUUCCAUACAUGUGAUGAGCAUGACAGGCAAUCCCCCGGACGUAAUGGCAAGCCCCCACUAACCCAUGUAUGUCUCUAAUUUAUCGCCUUCAUUUUUAUCGAUAUUGGUUAUAGACCAUUUGUCCCGACUUGAGGGGGGACUCUCUGCGACCCUCUCUUAUUCUUGUGCUGUUUUCAUGUUUCUCUAACCUCGCCGGUUUUUAUUCCUUGUCUUUGCCUUUGCUCUCUUUUUUCGGCUUGUUUUUCUUCUUCCUUAUUCAAACGUAGCUUUGUACUUUUUCCCGACGGGGAAAGACGGGACUUCUCUGCACUCUCCUCGUCUCUCGGCUGCCCUCUCAUGUUGACGUGCUGUUUUCAUGUUUCUCUGGCCUGGUUAGGGAACAAAGAGACGCAGACACUCGAAAAAUGGGGCGGAUGGGCUAUACCGAACCUUCAUUGAUUAGAAUUAUUUCAAAACGAAAUCAAUUUGUAGUGAAAAAUCGGUUUAUUCGCUCUUUACCUUUUUCGAAUCAUCACUUGAUCUUAAGCCCUUUCAACUGCGACCAAAAAAGCAUCUUGAAAAUGUAUCCUAAAAUUUUAGGGCUGGCCGAUAAUUUCAUGUGGCAGUUCAUGUCGACGUUUUCCACAAUAACUGAGGACGCGACGGAAGAAGAAGAAAAGGAACUGGAUAAGGAGCCGUUGAAAGAUGGGGUUGGUUUAGAAAUAGGGAAAAAUGACCUUGAUAAUUAAGUUCGGUACCUUCAAGUUAAACAGGAAUUUUCGAAAAUUCCAUUAUUUUUUCUCUUGUUGUAAUGAUUUUUGAGUCCUCUUCUGUCUACGAUAAAAAAAAAUAGCCUUAAUAUUUUUUUUGAAAGGGUUCGAGGCGAAUUUUAAGAGAUGUUUCCCCUAAGUUUGCGUAGAAAAAGUGGUCCCUAGAGGGGCGACUUUAGGAACCCUUGAAGGUUCCCUAGUGACCACCUUAUCUCCCUCUAUAGGGGACGCUGAAGCUUGCAAUAGUGGCCAUUCUAGGGAAUAAAUUGUCGUUUAUUGCUAGACCACUGUAGGGACCACUUAAGCUUUGGGGGUUAAUGGGUCAGGCCUUAACACGCAGUCUCUGUAAUUCUCAAAAUCAACGGGUACAGAAAAAAAAAAUAUUUUUUGAUUUCAAUGAAAUUUCAACCAGUGUUAUCAUAUGACGUCAGGAUUGCAGACACGAUUUUUUGAGCCAUUUCCUCCAACCGUAACCGGGUUACGGUAGGGAGGUGGUCACCUGCGUAUCUAAGAAUUGACAAGUUUUCUCUAGGCAAGGGGUAUAUCAAUCGAUAGGUAAUGCAGUUUUAGGAAUUUUUUCAGUACAUACCAUCUUGGGUUACUGUAGAAAUUUUUGAGAUACGGUACUUUUUGUGUUCGCGACUUUGGUUUUUUGGUCACCCAACUCACAAUAGUUAUUUGCCGUUAAAGUUACCUUUCUAAAAGAUGUGUUAGGUCAUCAGCUACAAAUUCAUACCACAUUGAAAAAAUUUCGAGAUACCCAUCAUGUCGCGAAAUCGCGCCGAACGCGCGCAACUCGGGGUCCCACCGUUUAGACUCGCCUUGGAUGAUAGCCUCUAACCUUCUUUUAUUGCCUGAACUUUUGUUAAAAACUGUUUUUCUUCAAACUAGAAUCCAUAAACUUCUGGUAAAAGUCAUUUUCACGAAGUUUAGCCCACUUUACGGCCAGAAAGUUCUCUUUGAAGUCGAUUUUGGCCUGAAAGUUGAGGUUUUUGAGGUUCUAGGCCUUUUUUGGGAGGACUAUCACCGUUUACUGUUGUUCAUUAGUGUUUCAUCACGCAUCCACAUCUCCCAAAGGUCUUCUGAAACCUAAAGUACAAAAUUCUCAUAUACCCAUCAGCCGAAAAACUCAGUUUUAAGACGAUUUCGGCCUGAACACGGUGUUUUUUGAUAAUCUACGCUUCUUUUGGGUAAACUUUCACUGUUUUCUCUUUUCUGUUGGUCUUUCACGUGAUUCCUGCAUCCACCAAGUUCAUUUUGAAGUCUGAAAGUUUCCGUUUUAGCUACCCGUCGGCCAGAUAACUCAGUUUGAAGACAAAACUGACCUGUUAACAGUGCUUUUUGAGGUUCAAUGCUUUGUUUUGGACUCGCUAUCGGGUAGCAACGCGUUCUUUCUAUUGUUCCUUUGAUUUUUGUGCAGCCCACAAAUACUGCGACCUUACAUUUCGACUAUAUAUUUUUUAACUGUCGGUUUGAAUUCUGGGCAGGGUGCAUCUUGAGUCUGGAAUUUUUAUCAGAAUUUUUUAAUAGAUUCCGAAGCCCAAAAGAAUGCUCACUUCAGAUAAGAUUCGAGAACUUUCGGGUGAAUUUUUCGAAGAGCCCUUUUCCGCCAAUUGACAAAGAAAUCAAAGAAAGGAGAAAAAAAACUGAAUAGAAAUGACCCCGAAAGGCCUUCUUGCGGCACAACAUUAUCUCAAUCUGAGACAAAACAUGGUAUACUUUUCUAGCUUUCCAACUUCACUGAUAAAAAUUCCAGACUCAAGAUGCACCCUGCCCAGAAUUCAAACCGACAGUUAAAAUGCGUGAUGAAACACUAAUGAACAACAGUAAACGGUGAUAGUCCUCCCAAAAAAGGCCUAGAACCUCAAAAACCUCAACUUUCAGGCCAAAAUCGACUUCAAAGAGAACUUUCUGGCCGUAAAGUGGGCUAAACUUCGUGAAAAUGACUUUUACCAGAAGUUUAUGGAUUCUAGUUUGAAGAAAAACAGUUUUUAACAAAAGUUCAGGCAAUAAAAGAAGGUUAGAGGCUAUCAUCCAAGGCGAGUCUAAACGGUGGGACCCCGAGUUGCGCGCGUUCGGCGCGAUUUCGCGACAUGAUGGGUAUCUCGAAAUUUUUUCAAUGUGGUAUGAAUUUGUAGCUGAUGACCUAACACAUCUUUUAGAAAGGUAACUUUAACGGCAAAUAACUAUUGUGAGUUGGGUGACCAAAAAACCAAAGUCGCGAACACAAAAAGUACCGUAUCUCAAAAAUUUCUACAGUAACCCAAGAUGGUAUGUACUGAAAAAAUUCCUAAAACUGCAUUACCUAUCGAUUGAUAUACCCCUUGCCUAGAGAAAACUUGUCAAUUCUUAGAUACGCAGGUGACCACCUCCCUACCGUAACCCGGUUACGGUUGGAGGAAAUGGCUCAAAAAAUCGUGUCUGCAAUCCUGACGUCAUAUGAUAACACUGUUUGAAAUUUCAUUGAAAUCAAAAAAUAUUUUUUUUUUCUGUACCCGCUGUUUUUGAGAACAUUUUGAAAAUUACAGAGACAGCGUGUUAAACUCCUAUAGGGAUCACUUAAGUUUCAGCCAUCUAGUGAGAGCGCUGUUGUGUCCUCUGUAGGCUUUUUUUUUCUCUAACCUCUUUAGGGACCACUCUGGCGUUCCUAAGACGGGAAAAAAACUUUUUUUUUUCUUUAUUUUACGCAGAAAAAUUUACUCUUUAAGUAUUCAUGCUUUAUUUGUGUUCCCAGUAGUUUCACGAAUUUUUAAACGACUUUAGAGGGGAAAAAAAGUUCCUGGAAAAAAGGAUCAUUUGAUUUUUGAGGAUCCUCAAUAUUUUUAUCACGUUUUUCUCCUAUCCCGCCUUUUUUUCCAUUAAAAAGUGUUUUUUCUUUCAGUUCUGGUACCGCCGAAAAGCCCCAAGAACGGAGAAAACCUAUAUCGUUGGUGCAUUUCUCCAAGAAAGAGACGUCUUCUUGGACUGUACCAAAGAUCAUCGUUCCGAGGAGAUUCCUAAAGAAUCAGAGUCGAUUCUUAUACUUAGUCGGCAUGAUUUGUGAGAUUUAUGUGUAGAUAAUGUUGUUUUAAGCCGAUUCAUGUGAAUAUUUCUGAAGUUUUAAGAUUUUCUAAGUGAAUCUGAAUGGUUUUUUAGAGCUUUAAGAGGAUUUUAAAUUUCAACUUGAAAAAAAAAGAUUUUCCUGCUUUAGUCGAUUCACGGCUAGCUUAGGGGCGUGGCCUGUCUGCGCUCUCCAUCAACCAGAAACUAUCUCUUUUUUCAUCGUGACAGGACCCUUUUUUCGAUGAUUCUAGCCAGCUAUACUCCUGGUCUUAUUAAAGGCGCAGGGCUCCUUUUUAACAAUCAUUUUUUAUGCACAGUAAUUUGCCUGUUGAUUUUUGUUCUGUACAUUAUUUUGACGGCCUUUUUUUCACAAAAUGUGAAAUUUUUUUUCAUAAGUAGAUUUUCUUGUACCAAUUGCAGGGUCCUUUUAAACGUAUAACGUGUAUUUUUGAACCAAUUUUGGUUCUCACUGUAUUUUACAGGGUUCUUGUGCAAUCAUAACCAAUUUCAUGUGUUAAAAACUUUUCUUGUGCCUUGAAAUACUCGAAUUUUCCUGUUUUAUAUGAAUAAAAUUACUUGCUUCUUUCUGAGAAAUGAUAUUAUCGAUUUGUGGUUUUAUACCCUGAUAUUUUGCGAUUUUUGAAUUUUAUCUAAAUUUUUUUCCAGGUUUUUUAGUGAACCAGCCACCAUGUCGAAGAAGGUUUGGAGGUUAUAAAUAUGAGAAAAAAAGAGAUUUUCUAGGCUUCACCGGAAGAAGAAUUGGAAAAAGCAGUAUCGGGACUACAAGGCCCAGUAUGAACAAUGGAAGGAGAAGAAUAAGUUUGUUGAUUUAAAUAUUUUACAGAAGAAAGUUGAAAAAAUACGUUGAUUUUUUAGAAGUUCGAUCGGAACCGAGGCCUACAACAACUACGUGAAAUCGUUCCAGGAAUGGGAAAGGGACGUGGAAAAAAGGAGGAAGGCUUUGAAGGAAAAGGUUUGGAAUGUUCAUAGGCAGAGUCGGAAGGACCCUUUAGGGGCCCCUUGUGGACCAAAAGAUUCCAUUAAAUGCUCCUAAACGGGUGACAACGGUUUCCCUUUUCUUGCCUUUUUCCGUCCUUUCAUUGGCCUUUAUCAACCCUUUUUGGACCCUUUUGAGAAAAGAAAAAGUCAGAAGGACCCUUUAGGGGCCUCUUGAGCGUCUGUGGGGGGGGGGUUUCAUUAAUUGUUCCUAAAUGGUUUCCUUACUACCGCCUUUUUCCGCCCUUUCAUCGGCCUUUAUCAACCAUUUUUUUGGACCCUUUUGAGAAAAAAAAUAUUUUUAUAGUGAGAAUAAUAUUUACCAGGGACUGUGUGUGAACCAAAAUGUGCUACAGUAAUACAAUCAGAAAAGAGAUUUUCAGCACCCUUUUUCACUUUGAGCCCACCAAGAAAGAAAGGUUCCAUAAAGGCCGCAAGACGGAACCCUUUUAGCGGCUAUUUUGUACCCUUCCGGCUUUGGCAGUGUUAUCAAAAACAAUAAAAGUGAAUAAAUGACAAUUUAAGGCCGAAAAAGAUGAUCGAGAAAAAAGAGAGGAAGAAGAAAGAGAGAAACGGUUGUUGGAGGAACGGGAAGGUUUGUUUCUGUGAAAUUAAAGUAUUUUGAAUUGUUUGAUCCCGGCUGCUAAUGGACUAGGGUGUACAUAAAAAAAACUUUUCCUGGGUUUUUGAAAAAUCUUAAGAGAUAUUUUCAAUUUAACAGCUUUUUGAUUUUUUUGUUAACCCAACCUCCCCCAGGUUCAGAAUUUUUAGUAUUUUGAAUUGUUUCAUCUCUGCUGCUAAUGGACUAGGGUGUAUGUAAGAAAAAAACUUUUUCCUGGGUUUUUUUGAAAAAAAUCUUAAGAGAUAUUAUCAAUUUAACAGCUUUUUGAUUUUUAACCUCCCCUCCCUUGAAGUUUCAAUGAAACUUUGCUGAAGUGUACUUUAGGAUCCCCUGAUUUCAGAACAAGAAAAAAAUUCCUGGUAAUAUAUUUGGUUUUUGAUUUAGUAGGCUUCAAAAGCUGAAAAUAGAGCUUUCUCGUCAUAAAUUGCCUAUUUUGGGUACUUUGAAGUAGAAAAACAUUCCCUAGUAAGUUGAAAAAAACGGCUCUCAUCCCGAAAAGGAGUUUUCACAUGGUUGAUAAAGUUCUGUACAAAAUUUCAAGGUCUCAGAAUAAUUCUACGAGAAGUAAUGCCUGAAAAACCGUUCUGGUCAGGAAAAAUACACCAAAGCUAGAUAUUUUUCUCAAUUUGUGACGUUUCAGCAGAAAGAAUUGCUUUAGAGUUGGCAAAUUAUUAAAAUUUGUUAUUUUUCGAACCAAAAUGUUCGCAGAAAUAGAAUUUCUCACGCAAAAUUUUCACAGAAGCCUUGAAAAUUUGAAAAUCUUAGUAAUUAUAUUAGAAUUGUCAGCUCAUCAAACCAAUUUAUGGUUUCAAAACCUUAUUGGUUAAGUUGGGACCUUCAGGAUCGAUAAAUUAUCGGGAAAAAGUCGUCAUUUUCUAGCCGAAGCAGCAGUUGCCUACGCGCAGUCGCAACAAGCCUACAUGGCGCAUCAUCAGAAGGCGAUCGAGGAUCAACACCGACAGCAAGCUCAUCAAGCAGCUGCGGCGGCCGCUGCUGCCGCCGCCGCUCAACGACAGUUCGCCCAGCAACCGUCUGGAGCUCCCCAAGGUGAUGAUCUACCUCCCCCCCCUGAGGAACCUUUAAAAAAUGGAGGGACAAGAAGGAGAACUUUUUUUUAAGCUUCAGGUUUUUUCAAUCCAUAGUACCUUCAAAACAUUCCAGACUCUAUUAAGUAUCGUUUUUUUGGAGUUGUUGUCCUUGUGAUAUUUAUUCUGAAUCUUGAUCUUUCACUUUGGGAACUUGAAGAAUGGAAAUUUUCAUUCUCAUGGAAAUAUUGUAGGACUUGAAGAUGGUGCGGUGAAUGCGGAGGUUGUGAUGAGGGAGGCGAUGAACGUCAUGAUGGUCGCCGGGAAUUCGACGGUUGGCACCAGUGGGUUUUUCUGAAUUUUUAAAUGUUGGUAGGGGCAAAAAAUAAUUUUCGAAAGGUAGUAGAAAGACCAGGAAGGUUAUUUUAAAUUGGGAAAAUAGCCAGAAAACUUUUUAAGGUACCAAAAUAAGAUUCUAAAAAUCUAAACUUGCACAAAUUUCUACUUUAGAGGGUUCAAAAAGUCAAAGAAACCAUGAAAAUCCGAAAAAAUGGGUAAUUUUGAACCCCCAUUUCUUGAGAAACUGUAAAGUUGUGUAGGUUUAGAAUAUCCGAGUAAAUUGACCUUCCUUGUGAAAUUUUACGAUUUUUAAGACCUUCAAAAAUUUCAGCGAUUACCCAACAACCGCCGCCUGCGCAGGGAGCUCAAGCCAGCGGACCUCCGCCGAUUUUGUGGGGCAAUAAUAAGGCGCCGUAUGAUGUUAGGGUGGGUUUCGGUGAUCAUAACAGAAAAAAAGGGAUUUUGUAUUUUUCUAGUUACAAAAGUUCCCGAACAUUAUCCAUUUUUGAUUUCCAGGAUUCUCUAUUUUCCCGCUGGGAGGCGCGUGCAGCGCCAGCGCACGUCAAACCUGAACCUCACCCGCCAAAAGUACGUUUCAGAGUAAUUAUUUUAUUGAGAAUGUUUGCCUGAGCUGUUCGAAUCUUCUCGGAGGAAACUUUUCAUAAUCCAAAAGAUUGAGGUCAAAAAGUGUAGAGGAAUUGAAUUUUAAUGAAAAAGGGGGAGGUUUCCUGACUUCGAGUUCAGGUGAAAAUGAAUUGAAUUUUUUUUCUGAUCAUUUUUGCCAGAUUUUUUUUCUCUGGUAUCUUUCUUAAUUUCUUAGGAAGUCCGGAUUGGUCCCCAUAGGGGUUAGGAGCCGCAAAAGGGGUCUUUGUGGGGGUAGAAUCAAGGUGGUCCCUAUAGGGGUUUAGGGUCUGACCCCUGAGCCUCUAAAGCUUAAGUGGUCCUUUCAACUUCAUUCAAAAACGGUUAUUUAUUCAAUUUUUUGCAAGGAAACGCUUCUUCGCACAGAGUACAUAAAGCUUAUCGAUCAGCAUGUCCCCUAUAGGUGCCACUAACUAAAACCUCUAUACAGACCACUUUUCAACAUUUAGUGACCUCUAUAUGAGUUGGUAAAAUGGUCCCUAGUUGGGAACCCUCCAAGGGUCUCUAAGGUUGCCCCUAUAGGGACCCCUCUGAAGUUCCUAAAGUGCUGAAUUUUUCUGAACCUUUCCUGAAAAAAAUUUUUAAAUAAAAGUCUUCAAAAAAAUGUUUUCAUUUUUUUAUAAAAAAAUUGCAAAAAAAGAUUUGGUAUCGAUUUCUGAUUUUUUUCGUGUCAUUUCUUUUUCCAUUUUUCACUUGACGAUUUUUUUGAAUCUACGAAAUUUCGGUUUGUCUAUUAAAAAAAUUCUAAGGUCUAAAUUGAUAGUUUUUUUGGCCAAAGUUCAUCUAGACAAGUUUUUUUGAACUCUCUAAAGGAACAGAACCUAGAAAAGAAUUAGAAAGAGCGCAAAAAUCCACUUUUUCGAAUCCGGUUCACUUUUCUGCUUGAGGAAGAUUCUCAAAUUUGAACUUAUCAGGUUCCAACACCUUGCUGGAUGCUCAUCGACAAGCUCAAGGAGAAGAAAAUGAUGCUGGCGCCGCAUGUUCAUCUACAACCGCCGCCCAUGUUCACACAGCCCCCGCCGCCCACAAUGUUGGCCCCUCCUCCUGUUUAA